GGACAUUUUGAUAAUAUGGCGAGGGGAUUAUUUAACCAGCCUCAAGAUGGAGCUGAUAAGUACUACGAUAAAAAGAUCACUCUUUUUCGGCGCAAAGGCAGAUUAACAAAGGAUUUGGGAAUUGAUCUUCGAGUCUUGGAUAUUCAAAGAGAUCGAGACCACGGUCUUCGACAUUACAUUGAUUAUCGUAUUCUCUACGGACUUCCAGAAGCUUCUAACUGGGAUGACCUUUUAGAUUCAAUUUCUUCUGAGGCAUGA